CUCUAUAUGCGUAGGUUUUCUAUUAUUCUAUAAUUUGCAAUUACAUAAAUUCAGAUUUAUUCUAAUCUUUUUAAUUACAUAUUGAGUAAUCUUUUAUUUACUUUUAAUCAUAACUUUUUAUCCUCCAGCGAAUCCAACAAAUCUGGCAAACAUUAAAAAAAGCAUUAAAUGGUUCACGAACGUUGAUCAGAAAGAUGAAACAGAUUAAGCACAUCAGAUCAUCAUUUUUUUUUCUUUAAUUAAUUCAAACAUUUUUAUGGUUUUAUUGGAAAAAAUAUCAACUUCUACAAGCCCGCCCCACUAUUGCGCAUUUAUCAUUCAUAUCAGUGACUUUAAUGUAUGGAUUUCUUCACGCCAUCACCAAUCAGACCUUCACAGCAUCCACCUGAGCUGUCGAACAUUGAAUUUGAAGCUCGAAUUUGAUGCUGUAAUUUUUUUGGCUUCACAUUAUAAUCUCUAGGUCAGUUUAAACUUUAAAACACUUUAAACUAAAGCGAUUAUGUACUAAAAUACAUAAAGUUUCUAUUACGAUUUGGCGACAAAGACGAAAAAAAAAGCCCAAAAGAUCGUUAGCAACAUUCCGUGCGUGACAUUGUGAGCAGAGCAAUAAUUUGGAGAUAAAAAUUCUUUUUUUUUUUCAGUUUUCAGAAUAAAUUUCGACGUGAGUUUAAUGAACUGCAUGGAAUAUAUAAUUUUUCAGCGGGAAGACGUCUUUGUCCUUUUUGGAAUUGAUGAUGUUCUGAGAAAUGAUUCUUUUUAUUUCAUGUUGGAGCGUGCAAUGAUCUCUCACAUUGGCCCAAAGGUCAAGUUCAUCGUGUGGAGCACUAUAAAGGAAGCAAAACCUGAAUUACAAGACGAAAAUUUUGCCGUCUCACGAGAAUUUGGUUGUUCUGCAUUCAAUUUUUUGCUGCCUUUCUCCAUUUCUGCGAAUAAAAUUCAAGAAAAUCUCCUUCCAACGAUCCUUUGCAUUUCAUCUGGUAGCAUGAAUGCAUAUUUUUGCAUUUCCUCUGGAAACUAUGUAGAGAGAGAAAGAAAUAUCUUUUGCAUCAACAAUAAUACUAACCAAGUGCCCUAUAGACAUCGUAAAACUUUCAGCAGCUAUGCUACUUCCAAAUGAUGACGUAUGCUAAAGAGAGCUUUGGUGCAAGGUUACUCUAUGUAUUGUUUGCAGUAAACAUAAAAAUGUUGUAGGUAUAUGAAACUCCCCAAGACGCUAUAUAAUAUCAAUCUCCUUGCUAUCUAGCCAUGCAAUCGGAAUUAACAAGUAAAUUUAUGUUUUACGCGGUGCGCGAAAGAAAUAAAAAGCAUCAGGAAAUUAUAAAGAGUGAAUGCAUUAUAGACGUUGCAUAACUUGAAUAAUAUUAAAUUUGCUAAAAUGUAUGUCUACAAUUUUUUGUAUAACAAUAUUUUGUAAACUUAUCGCUUUUUUUUUAUGAGUGACUUUUCCUCACUUUUUUCACAGACUUUUCAUGCGUUUUUCUGUUAAAUAUAUCGAUAUUAAUUUUUAUUUCCCUAUCUUAAAUUCAAUGACCGUUAAAAUAAAUUUAAAAUUCAAAUUUGACAUUUAAUAAAUGUCAUCGAUGGUACCACGAUGUAACCCGAAAUGCACCGAUCAGCGAGGUGUGACUCACACGGAGAAUAUAAUUAAUUACAAAAUUGCAAUAAAUCCAAACAACUAGUCCAUGCAACGUUAAAACUGGAACUUUGCCAACAAUUACCUAACCGCAUCAAACUAUCACAUCGACCUAAUUGUAAUACCCAGAGGAAAACCCCUAAUACUAUACAACAGAGAGUCUUAUCAAACUAUCAUUGAUGAUUUAACGUGUCUCGCUCAAUUAAUCGUCUCCCCAAUCUAUGCAAUAUAAUUAACAUAAAACUUCCAUCAAAGGGCACAUUUUUUAUUCGUCCAUCAUCGACAAAUUAUGCAAAUUACCAAUCAGUCAGAGAACAUUAAUUUAUGACGCCCUCCCAUACACUUUGUAAAGAGGUGAGAGUAAUAUUUUAUGGGUGUUUUGAUAUAAAGUUGAGAAAAGCAAUAUUUUGGGCGGAGUGUGUCCAUCAAAUGGAAUAAAGUGAUUUAUUGUUUGAGAAAAUAAAUGAGAUUAUCAAUUUAUAGCUUCUUAGCAAAAUAUAGUACAUCACAACAUAAUCUAGCACACAACAUGGUGAGUACAACCAGAAAUAAAUCCACCUGUCGAUUUGACCUCACAGCAAGACACGCUAUAUUUCCAGCACAGCAAGAAAAGAUUACACAUAGAGAAAAAUUCGGUAUCAAUAUUUGAUGACUUUCUUUACUUACAGACUUGUGGUAGAAAUUUUAGUGCUAUGGCACCAAUUUUUUUAAUUUCAAAAUUUAAUGACAAUGAAACUUUGAUUAAAAAAAUUUAAGCAGUUAAUCGAUUUAAAACUAAUAACAAAAUAUCCAAGAUUUUUAUUUAAGCUGUCAAAAAAUAGUUGACAGUUUGACAUAAAUGUCAAUUCCUAUUUUACGUCAAAUUUCUUCUGUCAAAAAUAUAUUUUUAUGGUUUUUAUAUAUCUCAUAAGUCAACGUACAAUUCUGAUCAAUCAUAGAGCUCACAAAGCAAUAAACGUUUAUUAUUUCUUUCCAAUUUGACGGGAAUCUUUACGAGAAUUUGACAUUGAUUUCCGAAGAAAUAAACGUUUAUUUUUAAAUUCAAACGAUGACACUGACAAGAAAAAUAUGUCAAUGUCAUGUUUUUCAAAUUCUCGUUUCAAUAAACGUCUCGUUUAGUAUUUAAAAACUCCCACCUGUAAAUAAAUACAUUCGUCUCUGUGAUAAAAGUUUCCAAGCGAAAACAUUUCUCGCACAAAUCUGUUGGCAAAAUAAACAAGUUCUCUCUUUUAGCACAACCGUUGAAGUUGAAUAAAUAGGUAGUUUCUUUUUAGCGAAUUAUAAAGAAAAAAAAUUCACAACUUGCAUGCAAAUAUGCACUUUUAAGUAAACUUGUCGACUUCAAUUUGGAGUUAAAUAAAGCUCUUCAAGAACAAAACGGAUUUAUUAUUUGUCACUCGCGAAGCAUGAGCACUUUUUGCACCGUUUCGCACAUUGUGGGCCUGAAAGUUCUGCACGUUAAACAGUGAGUGUUGGGCGUUUGAAAUGGCGUAAGUAACGGAUUUUCCGUGAAUUGAUCUUAUUUUAAUUUUGGAGUGCCCCCAAUCUGUCAGAUUUAAAAUAGCAAUAGUUUUAUUACAUACAAUCCAAGGGAAAAAGUUUUAUUUCACAAGAAAAAAAAGAUCAUAAAAUUCCAUCGUCGUCUAAUUUCCUUGAAAAGGCGUCCUUCAUCUCCCUGAGGACUUUAACAUUGGAAAUGUGGUAAAAAGACACAAUUUAAUCUCAAACUAAAAAAAAGAAGAUUAAUUAAAACUUUUUUUUUUCUGUGUGUGGUUAUAAGUUAAUUUUUAUAAUUAAUUUAAUUAGAUUGCUUUAACUUGACGAAGCUUAAAUCCAAACAGGUCAACCAAGAUUGUAACACUGCAAAGUGUCUCUGGAUUUUCUUCCCUAUCCACCAUACAUUUCCACCACCAUUUUCAUCUUUCUUUCUCUUUCAUUUUUAUUUUAUAUUUAUUUCUUUUUUUUUCGAGAACAGCAACACAUAACACAUUUCUUGUAUAUGUUGCUGAGGAAGCUAAGUUUAUUGCCUUGCCAUUCCCACCAAGUCUUUCUUGCAAUAAUGUAGCCACCAGCUGAAGGAAUCGCGAGCUCUUCCACAGAACACUCAACGGGACUUUGGUCAUUUCUUCGUGAGCCACUAUUCAAGGCGGACCCCCUCCUUUGAGUUCUUCUUGAGACACAUUUUCAGCACAUUUGGCUACUGUUUCAAAAGCGCGGCAAAAUAAAGUAAAAUAAAAUCUCCAACACCUUCGCCACGGUGUUUGUGGCCCACAUUGCAUGUUUUGUCGUUUCAUAUCAAACGUGAGUGGUAGUGCGUGAUUCAAAGUUCUCUUUCUUGGAUACUCUUCAUUGUGAACGACUUACCCACUUUCUUUUUGCACCCACUGCAACAUGUGGCUACCCUCUUUUCAUGCUACACAAUUGCUUCAGCUGUUGUGCCUCCAAGUGUUUGUCGUGAAAUGUGGCAUGUCAAUUCACUUAUUCAAUCCCUACCAACCACCUGUAUACGGAUUCACCCUCGACAAUUCCAUCGAUCACUACACAUAUCUCAUGCAGAACAUCUCUCAGCAUAUGAAGGAUUAUGUUACACCCUAUCCCCAAACAUAUUUCGGUUCCCCUCUGCCACCGUCAGCGUCACCCACCAAACAGUAUGAUUUCAUAAUUGUGGGCUCAGGACCGGCUGGCUGUGUGCUGGCGAAUCGCUUAUCGGAAAAUCCACAUUGGAAAAUUCUCCUCCUCGAGGCUGGUGGACUCGAGACGAUCGCCCACGAUAUACCCGCAAUUACUGGUUACCUACCACUAACAGCCUCCAACUGGGGCUACACAACCGAACCCGAACCAGGAGUUUGCUGGGGAAUGUACGAUCAAAAGUGUGCUUUUCCACGAGGAAAAGUUCUCGGGGGAACUAGUGCUAUAAACUACAUGAUCUACAAUCGUGGGAAUCGUCGAGAUUUCGAUAGAUGGGCACAGGAAGGAAACUACGGAUGGUCCUACAAUGAAGUCUUGCCGUAUUUUAAGAAAUCUGAAAGAGCUAUGCUCAAGGGGCUUGAGAAUUCGCCUUAUCACAAUCGGAAUGGGAAUCUAAAUGUUGAGUAUGUUGCCUAUAGAACGGCACCUGCGAGGGCAUUCCUAAAGGGAGCUCGACAAGCUGGCUACAGGAAGCUUGACUACAAUGGAGAGAGCCAAGUUGGAACUUCUUACGUACAGGCCACAACUUCUCGAGGAGUUAGACAUAGUGCUGCCAGUGCUUUUCUUCGCCCUAUAAUGCACAAUCGACCAAACUUAAAGAUCCUAAUUAACAGUCGUGUAACGAAAAUUCUCAUUGAUCCAGAAAACAAGAUAGCCUACGGAGUUGAGUAUGUGAGGAAUAAGAAAACACGACAGGCGUACGCUGUUAGAGAAGUUAUCCUCUCAGCAGGAACGUUCAAUAGUCCACAGCUGCUAAUGUUAUCUGGGAUUGGACCAGAGGAUCAUUUGAAUGAACUGGGCAUUCCUGUUCUCCAAAAUCUCCCCGUUGGGCAAACAAUGUACGACCACAUGAGUCACUCAGGACUUACUUUCGUAACAAACACAACAGGAACCACGCUCUCCGUAAACCGUAUCACAGCUCUAGAUGUCAAGGAUUAUCUGUUUGGAAAGGGAUUGUUUACAAUGAUUGGAGGCGUUGAGUCUUUAACGUUCUACAAAUCACCAAAUAGUCAAGAUCCCCCAGAUUGGCCAGAUGCUGAGAUAAUUCAGCUUGGUGGGAGUUUUGCAUCAGACGAAGGAGCUGGUGUUAGUCGAGGGAUGAAUAUUCGUAGAGAUAUCUAUGAAGCUGUCUACAAACCCCUAGAAAGGUAUCCUACAGACCAUUGGUCUGCCUUUGUCAUGCAGUUCCGACCUAAAUCAAUAGGCUACAUACGAUUGCAGGAUAAGAAUCCUUGGCAUUGGCCAAAAUUCUAUCCAAACUACUUUAAGUACGAAGAAGAUCUCGAAAUUCUCCUUGAGGCCACAAAGGAAGUUAUAAGGAUAUCUCAGACACCUGCUAUGCAAGCUAUAGGAACUAGAAUUUGGGAUAGGCCAUUGCCGAAUUGUGCGCAUCUGCAUUUCGGCACAGAUGACUACUGGAGAUGCUCAAUUCGUACGCUCUCCUGUACACUCCAUCAUCAGGUGGGUACGUGCAAAAUGGGUCUAUCGAGUGAUCCAACAACAAUUGUAGAUCCCCAUUUACACGUACAUGGAAUUCAGAGACUUCGUGUUGCCGACAACAGUAUUAUCCCGUAUCCAAUUACAGGCCAUACAAAUGCCGUCUCCUUCAUGAUUGGUGAGAAGUGUGCGGAUAUGAUAAAGGCCGAUUGGGUGGAUGAGAGGAUGCAGAAGACUAAAAUUACAUUCCACUGAUCACAAAAUGAUGUCGAUAUAAUUUAUAUGAUUAAGGAAAAAUAUAUGUGGUAAUUUUUCAAACCACCCCUAAAUGAGGGUACAAGGAAACGUGCUGAAAUUCUAUCUCUUCGGAUUGGCAGAUACCCCCAACAUUACAAACACACCCUUACCACCGGGUACUUGAACGAAGUAUAAAUAGCGAAUAUGGCUUCACUAUCAUUUUUCGUCAAAUGCCUGGCUCUAAGUACACCGCACAGAGAAUUUUUCCAGGAUGAGAAAAAAGGGGUGCAUAUUAAUUAACGUUGAUUUACGUUCUUGAUAAUUUUCUAACCCGACCCGCUUGAACAAGCAUUCAAUUCAUUUUCACCCACAGAGUCGCAAAGCAUUUUUCCAACUCAUUGCGACCAGCAGGGGCCAGCCAAGCAAUAGAACAAUCAUCUCAAAAUCAUUUUCUCUUCUUUCACGAAAAAUACCUUCCAGCAAUUCCCACCCAAUUCUCCUUUUCCCAUCUGAAUUAUCGAUUUAUCACCGCCUGAUUCACACCACCAUGUGAGUGUGUGGCUCCGAAAAUGGGAUACAACACGGGGCACUCAUGCUAAAAGCUUUCUCCCUAAAUUAAAUAGCAAUACUCAUGGACAUUUCCAACCAUGGCACUUUAUGGGUCAGUGCCCUUUAUUGAUGGCAAACAUGACCCGAUUUAGGAUAUAACCAACUCGUAAUUCCUUCAUCAACUCCCUUCGGUUGUGCUUUGCAUUAUGCUGCGAAGAUUUAUUUUCCACUUCAACCAUUUCAGCUGUUUCAAAUUCCACCUCGUGCCUCAUAAAUUGUUUAAUCCAGUUUAAUUUUAAUUUAUAAACACCCCAUCUAAAGCAUAGUUAAUCAAGUUAUUUAAUACGUUUGUUGGGAAACUGAAACCUUUUGUUUUUUUUUUAUUUACUAAAAAAAAUCAACAAGCGUGGAAUUCCAACAAACCUUUAUUGAAAAUUAUAUAAAAAUUAGGAAUUUUUAAAAUAAAAAUUAAAUCUAUUAAAAUAAUUAUUUUAGAACAAAAAUUGAUUAAAUUUUAAUUGCAUUUUUAAUAAAAAUUAUUUCUUAAUUUAAAUAUUAUGAAAUAAGUAGGAAAAAAAAACAAUCAGAGCAGGGAAAGUAAAACAAUAAAAAGUGGAUUAUAGUGGUUCUAGGAUUUUUAGAUUAAGGUACAAAUUUUAAACGAAACUCCGAGAGGAAUUGUGAGCGAUAUAAAUUAAUGAAAUAAUAAAAAAAAAUGAAUAAAAAAACUUUUGUAAGAUUAAAGAAUAAAAGAAAAUAAUGUUCAAAAAA